AUGGUUUUGGGCCUUGUGGGAUCCGCAUGUUCAGCGGCCGUUGAUUUGGAAGGGUCGUGUACAGCUGAUGCGGAUUGCACAGGGACACCAAAUGCGGAAACGUGCACUGAUACGAACGGUGACACGAUUCUGGAUACAUGCAAGUGUAAGACAGGGUACUCAGCAAACACUGGCAACACGGCUUGUAUAGCGAAUGUAGUUGCGUUGGGGGAAGCAUGUUCUCUUGCGUCCGAAUGCACGGGGACAACAAACGCUGACCUUUGCACGGCCUCCAAGUGCGCGUGUAAAACCGGCUAUACUGCAAACACCGCUGGAACAGCUUGUAUAGCGGACGGUUUUCUCAAAGGCGCUUGCACUUCGAACACUGGUUGUACCGGAACUACAAAUGCUGGAACGUGCACUUCCGGUAAAUGCGAGUGCAAGACGGGGUACAAAGCCAAUACAGGAGAAACAGCUUGUGAAAUCGCGAACGGCUACCUUGAGGGAACAUGCGCUGCAAACACUGACUGUACCAUGACAACCAAUGCAGGGACAUGCACGUCGACCAAAUGCAAAUGCAAUACAGGGUAUAGCGCUAACACCGACAACACAGCUUGUAAAGCUAAUGGUGCCUUGGGAGGAAAAUGUGCUGCUAAUGCCGAUUGCACGGGGACUACAAACGCUGACGUUUGCACGGCCACUAGGUGCGUGUGUAAAUCCACGUAUACAGCAAACACCGCUGGAACAGCUUGUAUAGCCGCCGGUGCUCUGAAGGGGACAUGUUCUGUUGCUGGUGAUUGUACUGGAACUACCAAUGCUAAUCUUUGCACGGCCUCCAAGUGCGAGUGUAAAUCCACCUAUACAGCAAAUACCGCGGAAACAGCAUGCAUAGCGACCGGUGCUCUUAAAGGACUAUGUUCUGCCAACACCGACUGUAUCGUUACUGCUAAUGCUGGUACCUGCACAUCACUGAAGUGUGAAUGCGAUUCCGGAUAUACAGCCAACGCAGACGAGACGGCAUGCAGUUCUGGUAAUAUUAUUUUUUUAUUCAGUAUGAUAACUAAACGGAUAGCGGACGGUCGCACGAAGUUCCCUUAAAAAUCACGUAUGCUUAUUUGAAAACUAUGCUUAAAUGAUGGUCAUGUUUUGACAACCUAUGAAAGCGCCACUAAAAGGUCUUAUAGUUAAAAAUCAGUAAGUUAGUAUAUAGUUAUAGUUCGCAUCGCCUUAAAGGUUUUAUCAAGCUGUGUGCAACAUAAAUUGCAACGUUUUCUCUAGUAUUGACGACUCAAUAAGAACACAUUGCUCUAAUCUUCUCAAUCCAGAAUUGACAGGCAUCUACUAGUCAAAUAUCUGUAAACUGUCUGAUUGUAAAAUGAUCAUUUCGCAUGUCAGGAGAGAUCACUCGGAUGAUUACUUCUAGAAAACAUUUUAAUGUAAGGAGUUAAAUAGCCAGUUAAAUGUAAUAGAUAUGUUUGCAAUACAUUUCAUUGGUAUUACAUCAACAACGCCAUGCAAUCAUGUAAUAGGGUGCCUUGUGUUAAUAUAUUAACUACUUUGGUACUAUUCGGAUUUGCAGCGCGUGAUUUCACAUAUUAUGUAGGUAUUUUGAUGUGAACGAUUCUUACUAUCAAAGUAGGGGAACAAUAGCCAAUAUUAAUUUCAAAAUUAUGAAAACAAUACAAUAUUUGUUGUAUGUGUGAGGACCUUGGUCUCAAUAUGGAUGGUACUUAUGAUGGUCAUUACAACCUCUCUGAGCAAGCUGUAGACGGAACACAGAACACAUGACUGAUAUUCAAACAGACAUCAGAACUAUUUGUUAUUUAAAGUGAUUUAAUUUAAAUGUUGUGAUGACUUACGUCAGUGUUGGGUCUAUAUGAUCUUUUGUAUUAUUGUAAAAUUAAUGGUAUAACUAGUAUGUUUAAUUAAAUUAAUAUUUAAUAAGUCAAUGGUGAUGUUGUCAGUCAAUGACAGAAAUGAUCCAUGGACAAAUAAUAAUACGGAACAAUAAUGAGCAUCAACUGAUGACUUAUUGAAAUACCAGUUGUGACGUUAGUGCUUUAUGUGUGUGUUAUACAAAAUUAUGAAGUAAUGACUUAUGUCAUACUGAUGAACAUAUUUUACAAUA